CCUGACAGGACUCCAAAAACACCCCCUCACACAUUGCCACUGAAUACAGACUGUUACUGAGCACAAGAAUAGGAUAUAAGGAACUGAAUGAGGAUUGAGAAUGGAGUCAGUGAAUGCAGACGAGUUCACGGUGGAGGCAGUGGAGAGGGCUCUUCAGCAGCUCUACUAUGACCCUGAUAUGGACAAGAAGAAUGUGGCCCAGAAGUGGCUCACACAAGCACAAGCAUCACCACAAGCAUGGCACUUCUGCUGGGCUUUGCUCCGGCCAGACAAAGUUCCUGAGAUCCAGUUUUUUGGAGCAAGCACAUUACAUGUUAAAAUCUCCCGCCACUGGUCCGACCUCCCACCCGGUCAAUUAGACUCGCUGCGCUCGCAGCUCAUCACCCAGGUCAGCCAGUUUGCCUCAGGGCCCAAGAUGGUGCUAACAAGGCUCUGUGUUGCUCUGGCCUCUUUGGUUCUUCACAUCCUACCCGAAACGUGGCCGACGGCAGUACCAGAUCUUCUGUGUGCCUUCCAGACCGGAGAGGGGACAGAAGCUGACGGUCAAGCCCGAUGCCUUGCGCUUCUUGAACUCCUCGCCGUUCUGCCUGAGGAGCUUCAAAACAGCAGGAUCCCGGCCUCUCGGCGUUCCCAGUUGAGAAGCACUCUGGCUGUGGACUGGAGCUCGGUCUGCUUCCUGCUCCAGCAGUUACUACAGCGGCCGGACGCACCCUGUCCGGUCAGAGAGCGGGUGCUGAGGUGUGUGUCCUCCUGGCUCACACUAGACAUCACUUUAAAAGACAGCGAGGGGUUGCUGGAAAGCUGCUUUGCCUUGCUGAAAGAGUCUGAGUUGUUUGACACAGCUGUAGAGACCAUCGUCAGCAUCAUCUCACAGCCUGACUGUCAGAGGUUUGCAGACAGUCUGCUGAAGGUUGUUCCUCAGGUGCUGGGUCUUCAGGAGCAGCUAAAGAAGUCUGUGCAGGACGGAGACAUAGAGACGUCACAUGGAAUCUGUCGCAUUGCUGUAGCUCUGGGAGAAACGCACUGCAGGACUCUUCUGGAGCAGGUGGAUCACUGGCAGGGCUUUCAAGCUCUAGUGAGCAUGAUUAUGUCCUGCACAGGUACACCUGGACACUAUCCUGUGGAUGAGACCUCCAGCUCGCUCACGCUCACAUUCUGGUACACCCUACAGGACGAUAUUACGUCACUGGAUGCUGAGCGGCAGACGCUCUAUCUACAAAUCUACAGACCUGUGUACUUCCAGCUGGUGGAUGUUCUGCUGCAGAAGGCCUGUUUUCCCAGAGAUGAGGACUACGCCACGUGGUCUGCAGAUGACAAAGAGCAGUUCAGGACUUACAGGGUUGACAUCUCGGAUACUCUGAUGUAUGUGUAUGAGCUGCUGGGCCCAGAGCUCCUCAGAAACCUCUAUGAUAAACUAGGCACGCUGCUGACGGACACAACACACCCCUCCUCAUGGCAAGAUAUAGAGGCUCUGCUGUUUGGCUUUCAGUCCAUUGCUGAGACAGUAGAUGUCAGUUACUCAGACGUCAUUCCAGGACUGAUCGGCCUGAUUCCUCUUAUCACAGCAAAUAAUGUUCAGCUGGCUGAGACCAUCAUGUUCACCAUUGGCUCUUUGGCCGAAUGGUUGGCUGAUCAUUCGCUCAUGUUGGCAAGUGUCCUGCCUGUGGUCUUGCAUGGUCUGUCCAACCCGGAACUGUCCGUGGCUUGUGUUUCUGCUCUGAAGAGAAUCUGCCGGGAGUGUCGACAUGACCUCCACCUUCACGCCAAUGACAUCAUGGCCGUCUCACAGGCGGUGCUUGUCAAAGACAUCCAUAAAAGCCCUCAGUGUAUGUGGGUAAUGCAGGCGUUGGGUUUCCUGCUCUCAGCCCUGCCCAGUGAUGAGAUUCUGGGGAAGCUGCUCUCUCUGGUCACCCCUCACAUCCAGCAGCUGGAGAAACUGGCCAAUGAGCCGCCCAGCUCUGCUAAUAAGCCUCCUAUUGUCCACAUCCUGGGCAUGCUGUCCAAUCUCUUCUCCACAUUUGACCUAAACAAGCAAAGCGAAAGAUUGGAGGUCACAAGGCCCGGCCAAACACAGCCACACAACAACAACCCGGUGGUGGUUGUCCUGCAGCAGGCUUUCCCUCUGAUCCAGAGCAUUCUCAACAAGUGGCUGAAUGAACCGGAGGUUGUCGAGGCGGUGUGUGCAGUCUUUGAGAAAUCACUGAAGACCCUUCUCCAUGACUUUGCACCGCUGGUGACUCAACUCUGUGAGCUCAUUGGUCAGAUGUUCAGCGCUUACCCACAAGCCUCUGCUUUAGACCUGACACGACAAUUAGUUCACAUUUUUGCCUGUGAGAAGGAUCUCUUUUCUCCAAUCACUGCUCUGUUGGAGCUGAUUACCAAUAUCACCAUGUCCAUUUUUCAGCUCGGCUCCAGAGAUCAUCCAGAUGUGGUGGAGUCAUUUAUGCAGCUUCACGCUCAGGUUUUGAAAAGAAAGUCUGACAUUUAUCUUUCAGACCGUCUUGAUAUCAAAGCUGUUUUCUACUGUGGAAUCUUGUCAUUCAAAUUUCCUGAAACUCCAACACUAAAAGCAACUUGUCUGCUUUUUACGGAGCUGAUUUCUCAUUGUGAGGAUAUUCCUGCUGUGAGGGAGGUGCUACAGGAGGACGGCAAGCUGCUCCUACAGACCCUACUAGAGGCCAUUGGAGGUCAGUCUCCACGCAGUCUGGCAGAGCACUUUGCGGAGGUCUUGUUUUCAGUGAGCCGUAACUGUCCCAGCAUGCUGUCUCUGUGGCUUAGAGAGGCUCUUCUGCCCCCUGGCUUCCCCAGCUCACAUCUCACCACCGAGCACAAAGAACACUUCUGCCAGCAGAUCCUCAGGGAACAAGUGAGUAAGCGACGGAUGAAGGACAUUGUGAAAGAGUUUGCUUUGUUGAGUCGAGGACUACAAGGUACAGAGUAUGCAGCGAACUACUGAACACACUCUCCAUACAAGAGCCAGAAUGGAUUCUGAGUCAUCACUGCUUUAGAAUUGUAGGCUCAAAAGAUACAGUGUUUUGAAUACAAUCAAGCCAUAUUGUUUGAUAUGAGCAAAAACAACAAUUGGAUGAUUUUGACUUUUUGUAAUCCUAUCACAUCUUCUGUAAUCACUACAGCACUGAUUUCACCACAUAAAAAAAAAAAGUUUUCAUAA